CUCAGCUCUUCAUCAUGCCUGGGCUUUAUCUGCUUAUUGUUGUGCUACUGGAUUGGGAAGGCAUCGCCUUUGAAUCUUGAAGACCCCAAUGUGUGCAGCCACUGGGAAAGCUACUCUGUGACUGUGCAAGAGUCCUACCCACAUCCCUUCGAUCAGAUCUACUACACCAGCUGCACUGACAUCUUAAACUGGUUUAAAUGCACGAGGCACAGAAUCAGUUAUCGGACAGCCUAUCGCCAUGGGGAGAAAACCAUGUACCGGCGCAAAUCCCAGUGCUGCCCGGGCUUUUAUGAAAGCAGAGACAUGUGUGUCCCUCACUGUGCGGAUAAAUGUGUCCACGGCCACUGCAUUGCUCCCAACACCUGUCACUGUGAGCCUGGCUGGGGUGGAACCAACUGCUCCAGUGCUGUCUUGAGAAGCUGCUUUUAUCAACUUCACUUACUCACUUUGGAACUGGAGAGACGACUCGAUCUCAUCAGAAUCAAGAUUCUGACAAGAAGACUGUGGAAGAAUUUCACAUGUACUCAUACUUUGUUUUGUAAAAACUACAGCUAUGAGAUCGAGAUAAGCUGUGAGGACCUUUGUCCCCCUGGGAAGCAUGGUCCACAGUGUGAGCAGAGAUGUCCUUGCCAAAAUGGGGGAGUGUGUCACCAUGUCACCGGAGAAUGCUCUUGCCCUUCUGGCUGGAUGGGCACCGUGUGUGGUCAGCCUUGCCCUGAGGGUCGCUUUGGAAAGAACUGUUCCCAAGAAUGUCAGUGCCAUAAUGGAGGGACAUGCGAUCCUGCCACAGGCCAAUGUCACUGCAGUCCAGGAUACACGGGGGAACGAUGCCAGGAUGAGUGUCCCGUUGGCACCUAUGGGGUUCACUGUGCCGAGACCUGCCGGUGUGUCAACGGGGGCAAGUGCUACCAUGUGAGCGGCGCGUGCCUGUGCGAAGCAGGCUUUGCCGGAGAGCUCUGCGAGGCUCGCCUGUGUCCCGAGGGGCUCUACGGUAUCAAGUGUGACAAGCGGUGUCCCUGCCACCUGGACCACACUCACAGCUGUCACCCCAUGUCUGGCGAGUGUGCCUGCAGGCCAGGCUGGUCUGGACUUUACUGUAAUGAGACAUGCUCUCCUGGGUUCUACGGAGAAGCGUGCCAACAGAUCUGCAGCUGCCAGAACGGAGCUGACUGUGACAGCAGGACGGGACAGUGCACCUGUGCACCCGGAUUCAAAGGAGUUGACUGUUCUACCCCGUGUCCUUUGGGAACCUAUGGCAUAAACUGUUCCUCUCGCUGUGGCUGUAAAAACAACGCUGUCUGCUCUCCUGUGGAUGGGUCUUGUAUUUGCAAGGCAGGCUGGCACGGGGUGGACUGCUCCAUCCGCUGCCCCAGUGGCACCUGGGGCUUUGGCUGUAACCUGACAUGCCAGUGUCUCCAUGGAGGUGCGUGUGACACCCUGGACGGCACCUGCACCUGCGCCCCCGGGUGGCGCGGCGGGAAGUGCGAGCUGCCCUGCCAGGAUGGUACGUAUGGGCUGAACUGUGCCGAACGCUGCGACUGCAGCCACGCAGACGGCUGCCACCCCACCACGGGCCACUGCCGCUGUCUCCCCGGGUGGUCAGGCAUGCACUGUGACAGCGUGUGUGCUGAGGGGCGCUGGGGUCCCAACUGCUCUCUGCCCUGCUACUGUAAAAACGGGGCUUCGUGCUCCCCCGACGAUGGCAUCUGUGAAUGCGCUCCAGGGUUUCGAGGGACCACGUGCCAGAGAAUUUGCUCCCCUGGGUUUUACGGACAUCGCUGUAGCCAGACGUGCCCGCAGUGUGUCCACAGCAGCGGCCCAUGCCACCACAUCACGGGCCUGUGUGACUGCCUGCCCGGCUUCACAGGGGCCCUCUGCAAUGAAGUGUGUCCCAGCGGCAGAUUUGGGAAAAACUGUGCAGGAAUUUGUACCUGCACCAACAAUGGCACCUGUAACCCCAUUGACAGAUCCUGUCAGUGCUACCCGGGUUGGAUCGGCAGCGACUGCUCGCAGCCCUGUCCACCAGCUCACUGGGGCCCGAACUGUAUCCACACCUGUAACUGCCACAACGGAGCCUUCUGCAGCGCCUACGAUGGGGAAUGUAAAUGCACUCCUGGCUGGACUGGACUCUACUGUACUCAGAGAUGUCCUCUGGGGUUUUACGGCAAGGACUGUGCUUUGAUUUGCCAGUGUCAAAACGGAGCCGACUGCGACCACAUUUCCGGGCAGUGCACCUGCCGCACGGGGUUCAUGGGACGGCACUGUGAGCAGAAGUGCCCUGCUGGGACUUAUGGCUAUGGCUGCCGCCAGAUAUGUGACUGUCUGAACAAUUCCACCUGUGACCACAUCACCGGGACCUGUUAUUGCAGCCCUGGCUGGAAGGGGGCGCGCUGUGAUCAAGGUAGGGAGUGUGGUAAAUCACCACCACUGCCUCCUCCCGAGAGGGCUCCAGUGCACACAGAAAGUAACUCACAGACGGUGCCUGGAGUAGGCCUCGUUACAACUCUGCACCCCGUGUCUGACCUGUCUCCUUUUCUUCUUGCAGAAACCUUACCACACGGCAGCGUGUGUGGGAAUGGUAACAGCCACUACUUCACCAACCCCAGCUACCACACACUCACCCAGCGUGCUGCCUCCCCCCACUUUAACAACAGGGAGACGCUCACCAUCGCCAAGGCAAAGAACAACCAGCUGUUUGUGAAUCUUAAAAGCGUGAACCCUGGGAAGAGAGGCCCCGUGGUGGACUGUGCCGGGACGCUGCCUGCGGACUGGAAGCAGGGCGGCUACCUCAAUGAGCUCGGUGCUUUUGGACUUGACAGAAGCUACAUGGGGAAAUCCUUAAAAGAUCUGGGAAAGAAUUCUGAAUAUAAUUCAAGCAACUGCUCCCUAAGCAGUUCUGAAAACCCAUACGCCACCAUCAAAGACCCGCCAGUGCUACUUCCUAAAACCUCCGAGUGUGGCUACGUGGAAAUGAAGUCGCCAGCGCGGAGAGAUUCCCCCUAUGCCGAGAUCAAUAAUGCAACCUCAGCCAACAAGAAUGUUUAUGAAAUCGAACCUACAGUGAGUGUCGUCCAAGGAAUAUUCAGCAAUAAUGGACACCUUACCCAGGAUCCAUACGACCUGCCAAAGAACAGUCGCAUCCCUUGCCACUAUGACCUGCUGCCAGCCCGGGGCAGUUCAUCUUCCCCUAAGAGAGAGGAUGGUGGCGGCGGCAGCAGCAGCAGCAGCAGCAGCAGCAGUGAAUGA